UCCAUUCAAAUCCAUUUCCCUCUCUUCUAUCUCCCUCCUUCAUCUUCAUUCUCUAGUUAUUCCCCAGACCCGAUUUGGGUUUUUGAAACCUAUUACCUCUGCAUCUCCCUCCCUCCUCUGUGUCGCGACCUGAGAGCCAUCUCAAUCCCACGAUGCUACUCUCUCUCUCUCUCACUGGUUGAUUCUGUUUGUUCUUAAUCGAAGGGGUCAAACUUAAUUCACGUUGGGUCUGGAUUAUGAGCAAUUUUUCCUAAAUUAUGAGUUGCAUUUUUUGCCUAUAUCUGUUCAAUUGAAUGGUGGAACCAGAAAUUCUUCAUGAAACAAAGUAUGAGGAACUCUUUCGAUUUCUGUCAUAGUUUAGGUAAUGGGGAGUCCGUAUUUGAAAACAUGCCAUUGGAUGAGCACAUCCAGAAAAUGGUGGCUACCGACUUAUCUUCUAAAAGGUAAAAUAGCAAAGUUACAAUUUUGUCUCUACCUCUAUCACAUCGUCCACUUACCACAGAUGUGCCAACAACUGGUGGAGGAGGUGAAGUGUUCAAAGCUACCAGAGAUGACGCCGACCAGACGAUUGGUGGAGGUAGAUCCGAAAAAUCUGAUGACGGUGGGGUGGGUGGCGGAGGAGUGCAGCGCAGUGCUGCCCAGCCAAGGAAUGGGUAGUGGAGGAACAACAAACUUGAAUAGGUUUCGAAAAGGGGUUGCAAAAAGUGAAUGAAGGAUACGAAUGUCAAUGGAAAGGAAAUGGAGUUCUUCUACAGGCAGGGAAUGAUGAACAAGUUUAUGAGUUUGCGGGCAAUUGUGGAGAGAAGGAUUGAUUUGGUCAAUGGAUGUGGGAGCGUGGGAUUGUUGGGUCUUUGUUCUCACGCUGUUCAUGAUGGUGGGCGCCAUGUUGUGACUUUGCUUUCUACAAUGGAUGGGGAUAUUUUUUAAUUAGCCAACCAUAUAUCCACCCCUCGGAUGUAUCACAUGUUUUACUCCACAGUUGGCAACCACAGAUCACUAGAGGGCAAGGUAGCAGCAAUCACCGGCGGCGCAAGCGGCAUAGGCGAGGCCACCGCACGUCUUUUCGCCCAACAUGGCACACGCAUGGUGGUGAUCGCUGAUAUCCAAGAUCAACUGGGUAAACAGGUUGCCUCGUCCAUCGGUAUAGACAAGUGCAGCUACGUGCACUGUGAUGUUUCCGACGAAGACCAGGUCAAAAACACCGUGGAAUCGAUUGUCGAGAAAUAUGGGCAGCUCGACAUCAUGUUCAGCAAUGCUGGGAUUGCAAGUUCCUCCGAACAGACCGUCCUUGAGCUCGACAUUUCAAGAUUCGACCGAUUGUUUGCAGUCAACGUCCGUGGCAUGGCCUUGUGUGUGAAGCACGCCGCGCGCGUGAUGGUUGAAGGAGGCGUGAGGGGUAGUAUCGUCUGCACGGGGAGCGUGGCGGCUAGCCACGGUUUGAAGUCUCGGACGGACUAUUGCAUGACAAAGCACGCGGUGCUGGGGCUAGUUCGAUCAGCGAGCCUGCAGCUUGGGGAGCACGGGAUUAGGGUGAACAGCGUAUCGCCAAAUGGGCUGGUGACGCCAUUGACGUGCCGCAUGCAAGGGAAGAGCGUGGAAGAGGUUGAGAAGGUGUUCGAGGCAUUUGCGAGGUUGAAAGGGGUUUCGCUGAAGGUGGAACACAUAGCAGAUGCUGUGCUGUUUCUUGCAAGUAAUGAAUUUGUGAGUGGGCAUGAUCUUGUGGUGGACGGUGUUUAUGUGCCUGGAAGUAGUAGUACUACUACUUAAAAGACUAUAUGGAGGAUCAAUCAAUAGCUUAAUUAAUUAGCACUAAAUUAACCACUUAGUUCCCUUCCAUCUUUCAAUCAUGUAUUUUCGAUCUCGAUCGUAUGGAUGAUGAUCAGUUUUUAAGUUUUA